AUGUCGCUGGGCAAGUACGAGCGGCAUUGCGACUCCAUCAGCUCCGACUUCGGCAGCGAGUCGUCGGGCCGGGCGGGCUCGCGCGGUGGCGGCGGCGGCCUGCCCGGCGAGCAGGAGGAGCUGCACUACAUCCCCAUCCGCAUCCUGGGCCGCGGCGCCUUCGGCGAGGCCACGCUCUACCGCCGCACCGAGGAUGACUCACUCGUCGUGUGGAAGGAGGUGGACCUGACCCGGCUGUCAGAAAAGGAGCGUCGUGAUGCUUUGAAUGAAAUCGUUAUCCUUGCUCUGUUGCAGCAUGAGAACAUCAUUGCGUACUACAAUCACUUCAUGGAUAACACCACGCUGCUCAUUGAGCUGGAGUACUGUAAUGGAGGGAACCUCUAUGAUAAGAUUCUGCGACAGAAAGACAAGCUGUUUGAAGAAGAGAUGGUGAUUUGGUAUCUCUUUCAAAUUGUGUCAGCUGUGAGCUGCAUUCAUCGAGCAGGAAUCCUGCACAGAGAUAUAAAGACAUUAAAUAUCUUUCUAACCAAGGCAAACCUGAUAAAAUUAGGAGACUAUGGGUUGGCAAAGAAGCUGAACUCUGAGUACUCUAUGGCUGAGACGCUUGUGGGAACGCCAUACUACAUGUCCCCAGAACUCUGCCAGGGUGUGAAGUACAACUUCAAAUCAGAUAUCUGGGCUGUGGGCUGUGUCAUCUUUGAGCUUCUCACUCUGAAGAGGACCUUUGAUGCUACAAACCCCCUGAACCUUUGUGUGAAGAUUGUGCAGGGGAAUCGGGCCAUGGAGGUUGAUUCCACUAUCUACUCUCGGGAGCUGAUCCAGAUGGUCAAUUCCUGCCUUGAUCAGGAUCCGGAGAAGAGACCUACUGCAGAUGAACUGCUUGAACAACCUCUCCUCAGCAAACGUAGGAGGGAGAUGGAAGAGAAAGUCACGCUGCUUAAUGGGCCAAACAAGCGACCAAGGUCAAGUGCCAUGAAUGAGGCGCCCAUCGCAGUCGUGACUUCACGCACUAGCGAGGUGUAUGUCUGGGGGGGUGGCAAGUCCACUCCCCAGAAGCUGGAUGCCAUCAAAAGUGGCUGCAGCGCACGCCAAGUGUGUGCUGGUAACACUCACUUUGCUGUGGUGACAGUGGAGAAGGAGCUCUACACGUGGGUGAACAUGCAGGGGGGUACCAAGUUACAUGGGCAGCUGGGGCAUGGAGAUAAGGCCUCCUACCGGCAACCAAAGCAUGUGGAGAAGCUUCAGGGAAAAGCCAUUCGCCAGGUGUCCUGUGGGGAUGACUUCACAGUCUGCAUCACAGAUGAGGGCCAGGUGUAUGCCUUUGGCUCAGACUAUUAUGGAUGCAUCGGCAUUGACAAGGCUCAAGGCUCUGAAGUGCUUGAGCCCCUGCAGUUGGAUUUUUUUCUUACCAACCCUGUGGAGCAGGUCUCCUGCGGAGAUAACCACGUGGCAGUUCUCACCAGGAACAGAGAAGUCUACACGUGGGGCUGUGGGGAGUAUGGGCGCUUGGGCUUGGAUUCGGAAGAAGAUCACUACACCCCUCAGAAGGUGGAUGUUCCAAAGACCUUAAACAUCGUGUCUGUUCACUGUGGCUGUGAUGGGACUUUCCUGCUCACCCAGACAGGCAAAGUUUUGGCGUGUGGCCUCAACGAGUUCAACAAGUUGGGCUUGAAUCAGUGCACAUCAGGGAUAAUUAACCACGAUACAUACUGUGAAGUGCCCUACACCACUUCCCUCACUUUGGCCAAGCAGCUCUCCUUCUACAAGAUCCGUACCAUUUCUCCAGGGAAGACCCACACAGCAUCUAUUGAUGAGCGAGGCCGCCUGCUGACCUUCGGCUCCAACAAGUGUGGACAGCUUGGCGUCGGGGACUAUAAGAAGCGCCUGGGAAUUAACCUGCUGGGAGGCCCCUUGGGGGGUAAGCAGGUGAUCAGGGUGUCGUGUGGAGAUGAAUUCACCAUAGCUGCUACUGACGACAACCAUAUCUUUGCCUGGGGCAAUGGUGGGAAUGGGCGCCUGGCGAUGAUACCAACCGAGAGAGCUCACGGCUCCGAUAUUUGUACCUCAUGGCCUCGGCCAAUAUUUGGAUCUCUGCAUCAUGUCCCUGACUUGUCGUGUCACGGCUGGCACACUAUCAUCAUUGUGGAAAAGGUGCUGAACUCUAAAACGAUCCGAUCCAACAGCAGCGGCCUGUCCAUUGGCACGGUGGCUCAGAGCUGUACAACUGGAGGAGGAGAGGAAGAGGAAAAUGAAGGGGAAGCAGAGACUCCUGAUCCCAGUGGAGGCUUUCGAGGAACCAUGGAAGCAGAUCGUGGAAUAGGGGGCUGGAUCAGCACUACGGAAGCGAAGGGGCAUGACAUGGCUGACAGCAGCUCCUGCCCUGGGUGGCUGCGCAAGGAGCUGGAGAAUGCUGAAUUCAUCCCCAUGCCUGACAGCCCCUUUCCGCUGAGCAUGGCAUCCUCAGAGCCCGAAAAGGAGACUCUUCCUUACCAGGAACUUCAAGGGCUGAAAGUGGCCCCUGAGGAAUCUACUGGAUUCAACAAGCCCAAAACAGAGGCCUGGCCGCCGUGCGUGGGGGCAGCCCCGCCAGGCGGGGGGCAGGCCGUGCCUCCCGUGGCGGGCUGCGCGUGCGCCGCCCUGCAAGAGGAAGUGGCCCGUCUGCGGGGGCUCGUCCUGCAGUGCCUGCAGGAGCAGAAGCAGCUGCAGCAGGAGACUGUUCGCCUGAGCACCCAGCUGCAGAGCUGCUGCAGGGGCCUGGAGGCAGUGCGGCAGGUGGAAGUUCAUUCCAAAGGAACCCAGACAGCCAAAGAGGAGAUGGAAGUAGAUCCGAAACCUGACUUGGAUUCAGAUUCCUGGUGUCUCCUGGGAACGGACUCGUGCCGCUCCAGCCUCUAGUCUCCUGAGCCCACUGGGAUCCAUCUAACUUCACAGCACACUAACCGAACGCAGAGAGCGGCUUUCCUGGCUUCAGGUCACUCGCAGACAAGGAGCGAGGCCGGAGGCUCCGGAGCAGCACCCAUGUACGUUUGAUAUGAACUAGGAGUGAGUUUGGGAGGGGAGGGCCCCUGAGCUCCAGGCUCAGUGAUUGAAGCAGCAGCAGCUCUUCUUUGUACCUCAUCUGUCCAUUCUGCCUGUGAGGCAGAGCAGCCCCGUCACAGCGAUGGCUCCAGUAGUGGCUUGUGGCCCUUUCAUUGUUUCACUGCUUCCUGGGAGCUGCCUUUGGGACCCCAGUUUUCAUCACUGCAUUUCUAGGUAUGAGGAGGAGGAGGAAGCAAGUUUUACCGAAGCAGGCUGAACCCAAACACUCGCCACCUCCGCUGUAGAAGGGCGAAGGACUUGGGUCCUCUCCCUAGCACGUGGUAAGGCCCAGCUGGCAAGGUUCUUCCCCUCUGUUCAAGGGCAGAGGGAGCAGCAAACGUCUCAUUCUGGAGGCAGUGGAGGUCUCCCUGCUGGGGAGAUGAUGGCAGGCAGCCCUGGCCCUGUGGCUGUGUCCAGUGGCCAGCAUGGAGAGAAUUUAAAGACUUAAUUCUGGAGCCUUAAGCUUUCCACCUUCCAGGCACCGCAGAGAGACAAGUGAAGCAGGUGCAGUUUCCAACAGCAGCAGAGAGGACUCUCUGGGAUGGGAUCUCUGGUACCCACUUUCAAACCGCCUGCUUUCUAACGAGGUGACGAGUGUCUGGGUCUCAGACCACGUUGCCUAUUUCUUCCUCCAUCUGUUCAGCCUGGUUUGGGUGCCAGAGCUUCUGGCUUCUUGGCGUAAACCCAUAGCUGCCCCCUGCUUGACUUCUGUUCUGCUCAGCCCCUGGCACCCGUGAUCUGUGCGGGUGUGGGAAGAAUCAGUAUUUUUUCCACUCAGUGUUUUGAUGAAGCUGGAAUGUAGUUUCCUACCCAGAAUAGGUCAUUAAUGCUGUGGUCACAGGAUGCAGCCUUUCCCAGUGACUGUGGGUGAUCAAGUCUGUGGCCGGAAUUCACCCUCUUUCUAGAAGCAAGAGGCUUUCCCAAGGAAAUUGGAGAUGGGAAGAGGUCUGAUGCUCAGAGUUACCUCAUUUCCGAUUAGAUAAUUGGGUUAAUUUUAUUCCCUUUUUUUUUUUUUUAAAGUAAUCUGAUUUUGGACUAAGCCUGUGGAUUGGCGGGGCCCCCAGGAGCAGUUCGUGCCCCCCCGCCCCCUUACCUGAAGUGUCUAAGGAGUCCCGAGUCCCUCUCUCCAUUGCUGGGAGAGUGCGGUUGUGAUUUUUGUUACCCAUAAGUCAUCCCCGUCACUAGAAUUGCCUUGGGUCUGUUGGAGACGGCUCUGCUGUCACCUCUCCUAGACCUUUUCCUUCAAGAGGCUGUUCUUGGGAACCUGGCGUUCCCCCGUCGCCUCUGGAGGUGAAUGCCAAGCUAUUCUGCUUGUAACCAGUGCUCCUUAAGCCUUUUCCUGGUGCCUAUCACUAGUAUCUUGGAGCUCAGUCGAGCGCAGUCUCUCCAGGGCAGCGCUCGGGGCAAGGAUAGUGCCAGUGUGUCCGCCCGUUCCUCCUGAAGGAAGGGCGGGAGGACGGCCCUUGUGGCAGGAGCCACAUCACCGGGCUGCCCCGGGGGCCCUGCCCUCUUUUCCCCUGCGUGUGGAGCCAGUUCUCGGGUCAGGGUGUCCCAGCGUGGUGGUUGUUGCUGCCGUUGGAAAUGAAGGAGCCAGUCGUGCCGCAGCAGAACCUUCGCGGAGUGAAGAGCCGGGCCCGAGCCGUGUCCGGUAAUCCUGGAGCAUCGAGCACGGGGGAGUCGCUCUCCUGCAGCGCACUGCUAUCCUCAUCUCCCAAUGCUCUGCAGUGGGGAAGCUAGGAGCACGCACUGGAUUCCCCUCGGAUCUCGUGGAGGGUUAGGGUCCCUGACGGAGGAUGCCCUGUACUCCACAAUCUCAUUUAGUGCCUUAGAAGAUUCACGCUAUCCAGGUUGUGCCUAUUACAGACCACAGACUUCACACCAGCCAGCUAUGCAACCAAAAAGCAGUUUAAAGUCAGCACCUCCGUCUUGGCCUGAAAUUGGGAGGGCAAGUGGGCAGAAGUGCCUUUGAGCAAUUCCGAACCCUUUUGCCUUCUCCCCUUCUUGCAGUGCUAGCCCCGUACGUGUCAGUCUCCUGCUAGUAUUGCUCCUGAAUUGUUAUAGUGAAACACAACCUACGCCUGCUCUGACACUCUGGCUGAAAAACUAGUUUGUCGUCUUUUUUUUGAAAGGUUAAAGGGUGGAGUGGUUUGGAGUUUCUGUUUAAAUAAAUGUUUAAACCCA